AUGGCAACUGCUCCACGGCACCUUCUCCUGCUUCUCCUCGCCGCCGUUGUCAUGUCCUCCUCUUGCGUCGGCGUCGCUGUAGCAGAGGGGCAGACAUACUGGCCGUUUAAUCCUUACUGCUCGACCACGGGCAACUACACAGGGGAUAGCCGGUACCGGCUGAAUCUUCUGGCCCUCGUGGCCGACCUCCCGGCGCGUGCCCUCGACAACCGUUUCUACUACAACGGUACGGCCGGCGAAUCGCCGGACGAGGUGUUCGGCCUCAUCUCGUGCUAUGCCGACCGCAGCUGGAACCAGUGCCGCGACUGCCUCUACGCCGCGGCCACCGGGAUACAGCAGUCGUGCCCGUUCAGCCGGCAGAUGAAGGGCGCCUACGACUCGUGCCUUCUCCGCUACUCCAACGAGUCCUUCGUCUCCGUCGCCGACCUCACCGUCGCCUUCUACUCGUGGGACUAUACCAAGGUGGACUAUCCGGCCAGCAUGAACAGCACGAGGUGGGGUCUGCUCACCCGGCUAGUGGCGGAGGCCGCGCGUUCGCCGCUGCGGCUCGCUAACGGGAGCGUGCCGUACGCGGCCAGCUCGCAGUCGCCGACGACCAUCCACGGUCUGGUGCAGUGCACGAGGGACCUGAACGCGAGCGAGUGCAGCAGGUGCCUUACCGAAUUCGUGUCAAACCUCUCGAGUGUGUUCCCUAACAACACCGGUGGUUUGGUCAAGGGCUACAGCUGCUACGCCAUAUACAACAUCGGCGACGGCGACUUCCUCCGUGUCACUCUUCCACCGCCACUUGCACAGCCACCGCCGUCCAAUAUCUCACCAGCUCCGCCACUUGCCACCGGCCGGACUAGGAGCAGGAAGCAGCUGGUGGCCGGCGUGUCUGCUGGUGUCGUCGUUGGGUUCAUCGUCUCGUCGAGUCUCUUGAUUUGUUUCCUUUUGCGCUGUCGGAGGCGAAAUCGCAUGGCGAGUCAAGUAGAUACUUUUGAGGAUGAUCCAUUGGGAGAUGACUUCGAGAAAGGGACCGGGCCCAAGCGGUUUCGGUAUAGUGACCUUGCGGUCGCCACCAGCAACUUCUCUGACGAGAAGAAGCUAGGUGAAGGUGGCUUCGGUUCCGUGUACAAAGGAUUCUUGAAGGAGCUUAAAGUUGAGGUGGCUAUAAAAAGAGUGUCCAAGACCUCCAAGCAAGGGAGGAAGGAGUAUAUCUCAGAGGUGAAAAUCAUAAGCCGGCUGAGACAUCGAAACCUCGUACAGCUCAUUGGCUGGUGCCAUGGCGGCGGCGAGCUCUUGCUUGUCUACGAUCUUAUGCCCCACGGCAGCCUAGACACUCACCUUUACAGUUCAAAUGCCACAUUAUCGUGGCCACUCAGGUAUGAGAUCGUGUUGGGGUUAGGGUCGGCACUUUUGUACCUGCAUCAAGACUGGGAGCAAUGUGUUCUGCACCGUGACAUCAAGCCAAGCAACAUCAUGUUAGACGCGUCUUUCUGUGCCAAACUUGGCGAUUUUGGGCUCGCGCGGCUUGUCGACCACGGCCGAGGACCAUACACAACAGGUCUUGCAGGAACAAUGGGCUACAUGGACCCUGAGUGCGUGGUCACCGGAAGGACCAACGCUGAGUCUGAUGUCUACAGCUUCGGCGUUGUCAUGCUCGAGAUCGCCUGCGGGAAGCGGCCCGCGGUUGCUCGGGGACGAGAGGAUGUUAUCCAUCUAGUGCAAUGGGUCUGGGAUUCAUGGGAACGCGGAAGGACCCUUGAUGCGGCCGAUGCGCAGCUCAACCUAGAGUUCGACGACCGGGAGAUGGAGUGCAUGGUGGUGGUAGGGCUCUGGUGCGCGCACCCUGACCGGAGCCUGAGGCCAUCCAUCAAGCAAGCUAUGAACGUGCUACGAUUUGAGGCGCCUCUGCCAAGCCUUCCAGCAAAGAUGCCCGUCGCGACAUUUACAACGGCAAUUGAUUCUUCAUUAGUUUCCGCAUCUGAGCUUUCAGGCGGCAGAUGA